AGGCGAGUAAACGCCAAACAAAAAGCCACCUGUUUCUCUCGUAGAAACCCACCACAUUCUUGUGAUCAAAUUGCUCAAAAAACCUUUCUCUUUUUCACCAUUUCAAUCUUCACUUCUAUCCAUUUUCUUUUUUUACAAUUGGGUCUGUCUGUCUGUCUGUCUGUCUAUAAAGUGAGAAUCUAUUCUUCUUAGCUAUUUUUGCAACCUCACAGAUGACACAAAUCUGAACAAAACCCACCGUUUCUUUCUUCAUCUUUUCCAAAUCAAGAAAAGAUGAACACUACAAACCUUGCUUUCUUCAUCCGCAAUUUGCUUCUUUAAUCAACAUUUAUCUUUCUUUUUUCUGGGUUUUGAUAAAAAAUUGAUCUUUUUUCUGGGUUUUAUCAAAAAUUUGAUUUUGUUUUCUGGGUUUUGUUAACAAUUUGAUUUUUUUUUUCUGGGUUUUGAUAAAAUAUUGUUUUUAUUUUCUGGGUUUUGAUAAAAAUUUGAUUUUUUUUAAUCUAUGGCUGCUGGUCCUGAAAUUGGUGUUGAAUCACCCGAUCAAUCUCCACCGAAAAUUGAGGUUUCUGUGGUCAAGAGUGUGGAUAGUGAGAGUGUUGAUUUCGUGAAUUCCGAUGAUAAUAAUAAUAAUAAUAAUAAUAAUAAUGUUAAUGGGUCUGUUGUUGAGACCAAAAAAGGGUCUGAUUUGGGUCCAAAAUCAGAAAUGAAAAUGCAAGAGUUUGUUGAUAUGUUGUCAUCUUUGAAAUUGAAUCCCAUGGCUAAGGAAUUCUUUCCUUCAUACUCGAUUAUUGAUCGAAAUCGUGAUCAAUCCGAGUUUGCAAUCAAUUACUUUGUUCAGCAGCCUGGUUAUUUCAAGAAUUAUCAUGAAAAUGGGGUUGAAGGAUACCCUAAUAAUAGAAGGAGGAGAAAUAGCUAUAGCAACACUCGGCGACUGUCCAAUGGGAGGACCUUCAGGGCUCAACGAGAAGAUAGCAUUAAGAGAACAGUUUACGUCUCAGAUAUCGAUCACAAUGUCACCGAAGAGCAACUUGCUGCUUUGUUUAGUGGCUAUGGGCAUGUUUUGGAUUGUCGAGUUUGUGGCGAUCCACAUUCACGUCUCCGCUUUGCAUUCGUUGAGUUUGGUGACGAGAACUCUGCACGGGCCGCACUUAAUCUUGGCGGUACAAUGCUUGGUUUCUCUCAAAUUACUGUUUUACCCUCAAAAACCGCCAUCCUUCCUGUGAAUCCAACCUUCCUCCCCAGGUCGGAAGAUGAGAGAGAGAUGUGUGCGAGGACAGUGUACUGUACAAAUAUUGACAAGAAGGUUUCUCAAACUGAAGUCAAGAAUUUCUUUGAAACAAGAUGUGGCGAGGUGUCUCGCCUCAGGCUUUUGGGGGAUAAUGUUCAUUCAACCCGCAUUGCCUUCGUUGAGUUUGUUUUAGCAGAAAGUGCAAUUGUGGCACUUGAUUGCUGUGGUCAAUCGCUAGGAGCACAACCGAUCAGGGUGAGUCCUUCAAAGACUCCAGUGAGGCCUAAGGCUGCUCGCCCGCUUUCGACUUAACUAAAUUUCAACGGUGUGAAUCAGACAUCCUAUGCAUCCAUGAGGGAGCCUUUGUUCUCGUUACUUUCGUGAUGUUUUUUCUUUCUUUUUUUUUUUUAAAUCGGGCCAUAACUUAAGUAGUGUAAUGAAGUCAUGCAGCUUGAAGUUGAGAACUUGCUCUCUGUUUACUUGCUUGUGUCAUGUUUCAUGAGGUCCAUGCUUAAUGAUGGUCAUGGUUGGUAGAUGUUGACUUCUGGGUUUGACUUGGAUGGUUAUAUGGUUCGGUUUUUUGUGACGUUUUUCGAUC